UACUUCCUGAGCGCCGGGGCCGCCGGGCCCGACCCGGGGGCAGCUCCGGGCAUUGCCGCCCCUGCUGCAGUAGCGGGCCUGGGAUCCCGGGCUCCUCACGUGCAGGGAUCGGCCCGGGCGACCCCCGUGACGAGGGUGGGAUCGGCAGCCCCUGCGCGAGCCUCGAGCGAGACCGGGCGGCAGGCAGGCAGAGAGUAUGUUAUUCCAUCCUUGGCUCACAGAUUUAUGGCAGAGAUGGUGGAUUUCUUUAUUCUCUUCUUUAUAAAAGCAACCAUUGUCUUAAGCAUUAUGCACCUCAGUGGAAUAAAGGAUAUCUCUAAGUUUGCUAUGCAUUAUAUAAUAGAAGAAAUAGAUGAAGACACAUCAAUGGAAGACUUGCAGAAAAUGAUGGUUGUGGCUCUUAUAUACAGAUUAUUAGUUUGUUUCUAUGAGAUAAUUUGCAUUUGGGGAGCAGGUGGAGCAACCCCAGGGAAGUUUCUGCUAGGGCUUCGAGUUGUGACAUGUGAUACAUCAGUGCUUAUUGCACCGAGUCGGGUUUUAGUGAUUCCUUCCUCAAAUGUUAGCAUCACAACGUCUACUAUUCGAGCUUUAAUCAAGAAUUUUUCUAUUGCUUCUUUUUUCCCUGCUUUCAUCACACCACUGUUUUUUCAGCAUAAUCGAACAGCCUAUGACAUUGUAGCAGGAACCAUUGUGGUAAAAAGAAGUGGGGUCAGAUGAUGCCUCAAAAAGCCCUGAUUUAUAAAACCUAUGGAAUAAUGACAAGACUAAAUUACGUAUCAAGGCCAUCAGUAUCCCUGGGUUAUAUUAAUUGAUGAUUUAGAAAUUAAAGCAGUCACUCCAGUGUGAUACAGGUGACUAUUUUCAAAGUAUUGAUUUUACUUGAAUGCCAAAGAAAUCUUCCAGAAGAAAAAACUUAUUAAAUUCAAGUAUUUAAAAUGUUUAGAUAAAAAAGACGGCAAGUGGUUUUAUAAUCAACAGUGGACAAUAUUCUUAAGAUCUAAGGCAUUAGGAUUUCUGAAAGUUUUCAGCUUUGCAAUCGCUAAGUGAAACUUUGAAAAUUUAUUUUGGUUUAUCCCAAAAUAAUGGAAAAUGUCCAGUUGUGUUUUGUAAACACCUACAUAAUUCAUCUUGUAGUUAACACUUUCUGGGGAAAUUGUCUGGUUUUGGGGGGAGGGAAUGGGAACACAAAUUGGAUAGUCCAUUUAUCUCCCAUCCCAGGAGGUGUGGUGAGUUAGCCGCAAGAAAGUGGAACAAGAAGGGCUGGCCUGGCAGUUUCCUUACCUGAAGUUUUCCAACCUGUACUGCAGUUCACUGUGGUAAUGAUGUAACUUUACAACAGUUCUUAAUGCUUAAACAUGUGUUUGUGGGCAAGCUUUUCAUGAUGAUGAAAUGUUGUCAUAUUGCUAUAUUACCAUUGUGUUUUUUUUUAAGUUAGUGAUUUCUUUUAAUGGGGGGGAGUAAAUUUUCACUGUAAAUUUUGCUUAUAAUUCAUGUGCAAGUAUUUUCAGUGCCCUGAAUCAAACUAAUAAGUGUGGAAAAUAUGCUUUCAUUAAACUGUUGCCUAUUUACUAUAAAACAAUAUUCCCAGUAUGUGCAGCAUGAAGAAAGUAUUAAUGCUUUUCAGUGUUCUGAAUAUGAGUGUAACUUCUAUUGAUAUACAGCAUAUUCACAUACUAGUUAGUUUUCUUUUAUACUUAUAGUUCCAUGACUGUUGGAAACAUCAAGGUAUUAAAAAACUUCAUGAUAUUUCAUGAUUAAACAUUAGUAGCAUGUAAAAUAUUAGCAGUUUUCCUAAUAUGUACUAUUCUUUCUAAAGCAAGGGAGAAUAUCAUUUCCAGACAUUCUAGGUUCUUUUAGGCUCAUUUUGGGCCUGCUAGGGGCAAAGUUUGGGGGGAAAUGUUAUGCAAAGUAAUAGCUUGUAUUUAUAUCUUGCCGCUUUACUUUAUUCUUCUGUUGAAGCAAAAUUUUGGGGUUUUGUGUAUCUGUACUUUUCGUAAAUGUCCCAGUUAGCUGUGUUGAGAUAUACCUGUGCUAUUUAUAGUUUUAUUUGAUUCAUAGGUAUUUUCUCCAGCUCUGCUGUUAUUUUCCAAAAAACACUAAACUUUAUUGCACACUUCAAAAUUAGGGUGCUUAAAAGAUCAAUAUAGGCAAUGUCCAUGGUCUUAAAUAUAAUAUUAAACAUAAGACACAUCUAAAAAUCUAUAAAUUGAUCACUGUAUCAGUUUCCAGAGUAGGUUUUUCUUUGACAUUUAAAACCAGGAAAAUAUUCACAUUUGAUAUUUAUAGAAACUUUAGCAAAUGUCCUUAUUUAUAAUACCUUUUCAUUAUGAAAUUUCAUAAACCAUGUUUUUCAAAAUAACUUUCCAUAGCUUUACAGAAAUGCUAUUAGUUAAGAAGUAUGUCAAAGUACUAAAUAGAUCAUUGACAUGUGCCCUCUGGGAAGAAUUAGUGUUAUGGUCCUUCACAGUGAAAAAAAUUUUUUUUUUUUAGAAAAUGUUUAAUAAAUGUUGCACUUUAGUAGUAUAUGUACAAGUACUGGUUUACACACUACUUUUGCCACCAACUGAGGAAUUGUUGCUGAAAUGUUCUUCAUGUAGCUCUGGAAUACACCUUAAGAUUCUUAAUUUCUGCUCAGGUAAUUGAACAGUUUGCCAUCUGUGUUAUUUCCAUCUAUUAAGUAAAACAAAAGCAAACUGGUCCGGCUUAAUUUGUUAUAUUUAAAAUAUUGCAUGUUUUCUCUACAUGAGUAAUUCAGAUUAAUAUCUAUAUAGGUCCACUCAGAUCUAACCAUGGAUUCAAGUUAUACUAUACAGCCCUAUAAAAUACAUAGAAGUAUUAUUGUCUGCCUUUACAGGAGAACCCAAGUCUGUUUCUAUUUAUGAAUCUAGCACUUAGGGAAAGAGAUUUCUAAAGUCAAAAAAAAUGUGAAAACAAUGAGGGAAGAGGGAACCAGGCCUUAGAGCCACGUAUUUUUCUCUUGGGGUUUGUAUGGUAGUCUUUCUUCUUUUCAGAAAUACUUGAAUAUAUUUCACUUAUAGAAAUACUGGUUUUCUCUGUCAAAGUGUAAUUCUUAUGCUUAAGCUGUAGCCUAAAAAGGCAAAAGAAAGUUUACUGACAUCAUCUAUCACAUAACAAUAAGGGAACAAAAAUCAAGAGUCAAAUGUGAGAAUACUAUUUUAAUGAGCAUGCCCCUAAGUGAAACCAGAGAAUUGGCAGUUAAUUUGUGCUGCAGAAAAUAUUAGUACCCAUCACUAAAGAUAACCUGAGUGGCUACUACACCUUGAAAAAAGUCUGGCAUACUAAGUGAAUAAUGUUCAUGUUGGAGCCAGGAGCUGGGCCUAGGGUAAGUAAGCAUGAUUUAUGGCCUUGCUUUUAGGCUACUCUUGACUAUAGAAAUAAAGCCAGCACUUUGGGAACUAGCAAGCCUUGUCAGUAUUAUAAAAAGUAUCACCCAACUGAUACUUUGCUUCUACAAAACAUUUACUUUCCAAUUUUAGCCAAGUAUUUAGGAUCGAAAAAAAUGCAUUAUAUUUGAAGGCCAUAUUGUCUAGAUUACAGAAUUAAUGUUUUUAAUUGUUUCAAAUAACAAUAAAAAAAAGGAUUUGUUCCCUUCAAUAACUGUUUGGGUGUUUUACUUAUGCAUGUUACUUCUAGCAAAGGGAAGGUAGAAGAGUUGAAAAUUUAGUUCUUGCUACUUGGGAAUAAAGGGCUUUUUGAGGGGGUUAAGAGUAUUAAAUGUUUUCAUUCUACACUGUCUCUACUAAAACAGGCAAUUGUUUCUUUGAAGAAUGUCUAAAUAACAGUAUUCCUAAAAUCUGACAAGUACCAUUUUAAUCAUUUCACAUUCCCCAGCCCUAGUACAAUGGGCCAAAGUCUCUUGCCUAGGUCAAGUUCCUCAUUUCAAAUUGUGUAUAUACUUCCUUGUGGUUCAUUAUAGUAGGGCUUGACCUGCAAACAGUAUUGAUGGCCUACCUACAAAUAAAAUUCAGCAGUGUUUCUAAUAAAUUUGUAUGCCAGCAAUUUGUACUAUCUCAAUAAAUACUUAGAGUCCACCAAUG